CACAAUUCUUCAUUUCCAGCUCAUCUUCCUUUUCAUCUUCACUCUUCCAAUUUCCAUGGCUUUACAAGCUCUUAACUCUCCAACUUCACUUCCCUUUCAAUCUCAUGUUCAUUGCCUCCACUCUUUCACCAAGGGUAAGCGUUCUAAGCGACCUCGUUUUGACCAGGAAGACGAAUACCUCGCACUCUGCCUCCUCAUGCUCGCACGCGGCGCUUCAGACAACUCCUCCACCGUACAACCCCCGCAAGAAAAACUUGGCUUCGACUGCAGUGUCUGCAACAAGGCCUUUCCCUCCUACCAGGCUUUGGGUGGCCACAAAGCCGGCCACCGUGAUCUUAUGGCCGCCAACUAUGACCGCUCAACGUCAACGACCACCUCUUCCACAUCCAGCGGUAGAUCCCACCAGUGUUCCAUCUGCCACAGAAGCUUCCCUACGGGGCAGGCCUUGGGUGGCCAUAAGCGACUCCACUAUGAAGGUGGCAAAGCUAACAGCGGGACCACAUCUAAGAAACUAGGCUCCAGCAGUAGUACCAGCCAGAGGGGCUUCGACCUGAACCUGCCGCCUCUGCCGGAAUUCUCGAGGACCAACUUCUUUGCUUCCGACGGUGAUGAUGAAGUGGAAAGCCCACACCCUUUGAAGAAGCCACGUCUCGUGAUACGGAUUCCACACAAAAUGGAAGUCAACUAAACAAAUACUGGAAAUUUUUUCGAGGAAAUUACACUACUCAUUCCCUCUUUUUGAUUUGUUGAACCAAUAUUCUUUACCCUGUAUAUAGCAUUUGAAGAAUUCCCCAACUCUCUCAAUUGCUAUCGUUCAAUUAAUUUUGUUUUAGUUCA